AUGCGCCAGCCGUUCUACAAGGACAAUCAGGUAGUCCCUUUGGGGAUUAUGCUCUUGACGUUUUUCAUCUUUGUCUAUCAUUUUGAAUUGGAUCGUCAGGGUCCACUGGGCGAGAUCCCCGCGGCCGCCGUUCCCAACGCCUUCGUCGCCGAGUCCCCGCGCAAGGCCGACUCGAGCUCUACUUCCAACUAUGUCGACGACGAAGCUGUAGACCAGCGCGUUCACAUCAUUCCUUCUGCCGUUCCUUCUGCCAAACCUCAUGUCUAUACUUCUUCCUCUCCUUCCUCUUCCUCUCCUUCCACUUCCAGUCAAUCUCUUCCUUCUUCCGAGGGCUUAACCACCGACGAUGUGGUCCUCAUGUUCAAGACCGGCGCCACGGUCUUGUGGAAGCGUGUGCCCAUUCACCUGGCCACGACUCUCGCGCCCAACCGCAUCCACCCUGACAACGUGCUCUUGUAUUCCGAUUAUCCCGAAACCAUUGGCGAAUGGAACAUUAUCGACAUCCUCGCCAACACCUCCGACACCGUUCGCCAAUCGGCGACCUUCCAACCAUACCAGCAGCAGGCUGACUACGAGGCGCGCCAGAACUAUGCUGAGAUUUCCAACAUGCCCGGCGACGCGGCUGGACCCCCCGGUGGAUGGAAACUGGAUAAGUACAAAUUCCUACCGAUAGUCCAACACGCUGGUCGCAAUCGGCCUAAUGCCAAAUGGUACAUCUUCAUGGAGGACGACUCCUAUAUCUUCCUCCCCAACUUGCUACGCCACCUCAAUACCUUCAAUCAUCGCGAGCCCUGGUACCUGGGCAGUCUGGCGUGGAUCCACGGCGAUUACUUCGCGCACGGCGGCUCGGGCUUCGCGCUCUCGCGCGGCGCAUGGGAGCAGAGCUUCGGCCAGGACUCGCGCAUUGUGGAAAAGUUCGCCGCUUUCACGGAAGAACAUGGUUGUGGCGAUCAUAUCCUGGGCCAUGUGCUGCGCGAGUAUGGCGUGCAGUUCGGCGAGACGACCGACGACAGUCGGUUCCGGUAUGGGUUCAACCCGGACGCGCACUGGUCGACCUGGUAUGAGCCGGCCAACUGGUGCAAGCCCGUGUAUAGCUGGCACCAUACGCACGGUCGCGAUGUCGCGCGAUUUUACAAUCUGGAACAGUCCUGGAACUUUGAGAAGGGCCCGCUGCGAUAUCGCGACAUAUACGAGGCGCUGGUCGCCCCGUACCUCCGCCCGCGUGCGGAGUGGUGGGAUAAUUGGUCUGGCAAGCACGAAAUCACGUCGAGCACUGCCACAACAGCCGAGACACCAAACACGGUCAAGUCGGGUGAGACCUGGCGCACCGCGUGGCAGUCGGUUGACGCAUGUGAAGCGGCCUGUGUGGCGUGGGCGGAGUGCGUGCAGUGGGCCUUCUACGAGGACCGGUGUAAGAUGGACAACAAGGUCCUGCUAGGCAACGGCAUCCCUGAGGGCGAUUCGCGGCGUCAGACGAGCCUGCCUUGGGUCAGCGGGUGGCUGCCCCGUCGAGUGGAAAACUGGGCUUGCCAAGAGUGA